AGGAAGGCCAGCGGCCCUGGUCGGGACCGGCAGCGCCGAGCCAGCCGCGGCACGGCAGCAUGGGAGGCCUCGAGAAGAAGAAGUACGAGCGAGGAUCCGCCACCAACUAUAUCACCAGAAACAAAGCCAGGAAGAAGCUGCAGCUCAGUCUUGCGGAUUUCAGGCGCCUGUGUAUCCUGAAAGGGAUUUAUCCCCAUGAACCUAAACACAAGAAGAAGGUUAACAAGGGCUCCACGGCAGCCCGCACCUUUUACCUCCUCAAGGACAUCAAGUUUCUACUUCACGAGCCCAUUGUUAACAAAUUCCGAGAGUAUAAGGUGUUUGUCCGGAAGCUCCGAAAGGCAUAUGGAAAAAGCGAAUGGAACACCGUGGAGCGCCUGAAAGAUAACAAACCCAGCUACAAACUUGACCACAUCAUCAAGGAGAGAUUCCCGACCUUCAUCGACGCCGUGCGGGAUUUGGACGACGCUCUGUCCAUGUGCUUUUUAUUCUCCACCUUUCCCCGAACGGGCAAGUGCCACGUGCAGACCAUUCAACUCUGCCGCCGUCUGACAGUGGAGUUUCUUAACUACGUCAUUGCCUCCCGCUCCCUGCGAAAGGUGUUUCUGUCCAUCAAAGGGAUUUACUAUGAGGCAGAGGUGCUGGGGCAGCCUGUCGUGUGGAUUACACCCUAUGCCUUCGCCCACAAUCACCCGACAGAUGUGGAUUACAGAGUCAUGGCCACCUUCACAGAGUUCUACACCACCCUCCUGGGCUUCGUCAACUUCCGCCUCUAUCAGAAACUCAACCUCCAGUACCCUCCCAAGCUCGAGGGUCAACUAGAAGCAGGGCAGAAGAAAAUUGAAGAAGAGACAUAUGCUAUGGACUCUGAGAGCUUCUUGGAGAAACUGUCGGCUCUGAGUGCCAGCCUGGCUCGGGUGGUGGUGCCCGCUGCAGACGAGGAGGCUGAGAUGGAUGAAUUCCCCAUAGACGGGGAGAGUGGCGAGCAGGAAGAACAGAGGAAGGAGCAGCUGGCAGUGGAGAAGCACAAGAAACUGUUUGAGGGAUUGAAGUUCUUCUUGAACCGGGAGGUGCCCCGGGAGGCCCUAGCUUUCAUCAUUAGGAGUUUUGGAGGUGAAGUGUCUUGGGACAAAUCCGUGUGUAUUGGGGCUACAUAUAACGUCGAUGACCCCUCAAUCACCCACCAGAUUGUUGACCGACCUUCUCAAAAGACGCCUGUGAUUGGCAGGUACUACCUCCAGCCCCAGUGGGUUUUUGAUUCAGUCAACGCCCGGUUAUGCCUUCCGGUGGAGGACUAUUUCCCCGGGUUGCUCCUACCCCCGCACCUGUCACCUUUCGUAACCGAGAAGGAUGGAGACUACGUCCCCCCUGAAAAACUGAAACUCCUGGCCCUGCAGCGAGGCGAGAACCCAGAAGUGGAGGAGGAGGAUGAAGAAGAAGAGGAAGAGGAGGGGGAGGAAGAAGAAGAGAAUGAAGACUCCAAAGAGGAAGACGUUGAGGAGAAUGAUUCAGAGAAGGAGGAUGAGGCGCGUCUGAAGGUGAUGGAAGAACAGAGGUCCCAGGGAAAGACCCCAAAAGUAACGGCGGGUGCGGUGAAACUGGAGGAUAAGCAGCGAUUGGCCCAAGAGGAGGAGAGCGAGGCGAAGAGACUCGCCAUCAUGAUGAUGAAAAAGAGGGAGAAGUACCUUUACCGGAAGAUCAUGUUUGGCAAGAGACGCAAAGUCCGCGAGGCAAACAAACUAGCUGAGAAGAGGAAAGCCCACGAUCAGGCGAAGAAAUCAGAGAAGAAGAAAUCCAAGAAAGCUCGGCGGGAAUGAAUCCCCAGGGUCCACAGAGACCCCCGGGUCCCAUUCUGUGACUGUGCUAGGGGCCUGAGCCGACAACCACAGCUUCAGUGCUCCUGGACGCUCACCCUUCUCCCUGCACAUGUGCUUGUCCUCCAGCCUGGGGGUGCCCGACGUGGGGGGGGCCUUCUCCCUCAGACAUCCCCCACUCCUGGGUUGGGAUGAGGAGAGGGCCCUGCUUUGCGCUUUCCUUCCCCUUAGAGUGGCUCCAGGUUGGAGCUCUUGCCUGGAGUCGGGAUGGCAAAAGGGCCUGGCAGAGGAGAUGCCAAACUACCCAUUUCCCUGGGUUCCAGGAAUGGAAUUCGUGCCCCUCUCCCCCUUCCCUCAUGUAACCCGGCAAUGCUGCGGGAGAAGCCAGCCCCAAGGGGCAGAGGAGAGGCCUAGAGCGGUCUGCUGCCAUUUCUUGGCAUCCCCUGCCUCCAUGGGGGCAUCUAGUCUGUCUUAUACGUCGGAAAGAUUAUUGUUAUUAAACAUCCAUUUUUUCGCAGCCAA